CCGAGCCUGUUUUUCAACCUUCACUACGAGCUCGGUUACGAGAGGGGCACCUUCAAGCAGGGGUCGAGAAAGAACCACUUAUAAUAUUUAUACACACGUACAGGAAUCAUGUCCUUCCUCUCUAUCGCAAGACUAGCCCCAAGGUUCCUCAGUUCAAAGAAUGCAUGCGUCGUUGUGGCCGCCAGACAUGCCAGUGCUUCCAUGAAUUUGAAAGACGUCCUGGCAGACCUCAUCCCCAAAGAACAGAGCAGAAUCAAGAACUUCAGACAGCAGCAUGGCAAAACCUCAAUCGGUCAGAUCACUGUGGACAUGGUUUAUGGAGGAAUGAGAGGCAUGAAGGGUUUAGUGUACGAGACAUCUGUGCUCGACCCCGAUGAGGGCAUCCGUUUCCGUGGUUACAGCAUUCCAGAGUGUCAGCAGCUGUUGCCCAAGGCACCUGGUGGAGAGGAGCCACUGCCUGAGGGUCUGUUCUGGUUGCUGAUCACAGGACAGGUUCCUACCGACGAGCAGGUGAGUUGGUUGUCAAAGGAGUGGGCUAAGCGUGCGGCUCUUCCCUCCCACGUGGUCACCAUGCUGGAUAAUUUCCCCACCAAUCUACACCCCAUGUCUCAGUUCAGUGCCGCCAUCACGGCUCUAAACAGUGAGAGCAGUUUUGCUCGGGCCUACUCUGAGGGAGUGAACAAGGCCAAGUACUGGGAGUUUGUGUAUGAGGACUCCAUGGACUUGAUUGCCAAGCUCCCCUGUGUGGCGGCCAAGAUCUACCGUAACCUGUACCGUGAGGGCAGCAGCAUCGGUGCCAUCGACUCCAACCUGGACUGGUCACACAACUUCACCAACAUGCUGGGCUACAGCGAGCCACAGUUCACAGAACUCAUGAGGCUCUACCUCACCAUUCACAGUGACCACGAGGGUGGAAAUGUCAGCGCACACACAAGUCACUUGGUAGGCAGCGCUCUGUCCGACCCCUACCUCUCCUUCAGCGCCGCUAUGAACGGCCUGGCAGGACCCCUGCACGGACUGGCCAAUCAGGAGGUGCUGGUGUGGCUGACAGCCCUGCAGAAGGAGCUCGGUGGAGAGGUGUCGGAUGAGAAAAUGAGAGAUUACAUCUGGAACACACUUAAAUCAGGCAGAGUGGUGCCUGGCUAUGGCCAUGCUGUGCUGAGGAAGACAGAUCCCCGCUACACCUGUCAACGCGAGUUUGCCCUUAAGCACCUUCCUAAUGACCCCAUGUUCAAGCUGGUGGCUCAGCUGUACAAGAUCGUGCCCAAUGUGCUCCUGGAGCAGGGCAAGGCCAAGAACCCCUGGCCCAAUGUAGAUGCUCACAGUGGAGUCCUGUUGCAGUACUAUGGCAUGACUGAGAUGAACUAUUACACCGUGUUGUUCGGCGUGUCCCGGGCCCUGGGUGUUCUGGCCCAGCUGGUGUGGAGCAGAGCGCUCGGCUUCCCUCUUGAGCGUCCCAAGUCCAUGAGCACGGACGGACUCAUAACCCUGGUCGGGGCCAAAUCAGGCUAGAGAGGGAGAGACCAUGCCAGCGGAGUGAGAACAGGAAGGGGAGGAGCUUAAACUAUAUUAGAAACAAGCCCCUGGGCUAAGGGAUUCCAAGAGACAGUACACUUUUAAAUUUCCUCUAAAAAAGGGCCUUUGUUAUUAAUUAUGUCAAGAUGAUACGUCCCGUUUGCAUUCAUAACAAUCCUUCACACAUCACAAUUCUUACACUCGAGAAAUAAAUAUUUGUAACUCGUGUGUUGUCGCAUUACCCAGUCACUGCUUGUGGUCGCUUAUCAAUCCUCCUCUCCAGUUUUCCCACAUAAAUGUAUUUCUUGCCGGGUUUUUUUUUUUUUUUUCAGACCGUAUGAACAAUUCUUUGUUCCGCAUGCAGAGAACAAGCUUGAAUGAUGCAGCUAUGGGUGUAGCAGGUGGUUUGAUUAAGGAAUCUGUGUUAUUGUCCAAGAAUGCAAGAAAUCACCCUUUUCUAUUUAAACUGAUAAAGACACUGAAUACUAGUGCAGAAGAGUAGAGAAGUGCUUCACUUAGUAUGUAAAUAAACAAGAGUACUUUAUCCUUAGCUGUCAUACCAACUAUUUCAGUUUUAGUCUUUCAUUUUACUUUCCUGGAGUCAGAUGUUCACUGGAGCCUCUGUUUUGUACACGGAAAUGAAUUGACGAAGCCCUGCUCUGAGCCGGUCAGAUAAUUCUAUGCAAUUUGACUAGGUGUCCCUCUAGCUAACAUAAACAUGUUUCUCCUUGUACGAGCACUCCACAGUGGCAUAAAAGGUCCUCUCUCAAUAGAAUUGAUUCUGUGAGUUCAGUUCAACUUGGGAAACUUGUAUAUUUGUUUAAAAGGGUACUGCCCCUUUAAGUCAUCUCUCAUAUUGCUCUCUGACUUCAGCCAAUCAUCUUCAUCUUUUUCCUGCAUGAACGCACUUGUUGUGGCCACACCUCUUUAUUUGAAAUAACCAAUUCUUUCAAUUACAUGAAUCUCCUUUUCCCCUUAUUACAUCAGUGGACAUAAUUUAGAUUUUUGUCAUGUACACUAGUUAUUGUAACUUGAGAAAGUAAAACUGAGCAUUUCAAGAAGCUAGAACUCUAUAUUUUUGAGAUCCUGUUGAAUUUCUAGUGUUUUGUUUAGUGUGUACUAAGAUCUGCUACUCAAAACCGUAAUAUUUUUUUCUAGCUGUUUUGAUUUUCUGUCCUUUUUUCCUGUGUUUUGAAGAACAAUGUCUUGUGUAAACGUAUAAAAGAGGAAAGCAAUCAUUUUGUGUAGGUAUACAUAAUUUCAGGUUUUAUUUAUUUCUGUAAAUACAGCUUGAAUGUAUGAACCACUUA